AUGUGCAGCUCUUACCGGCAGGUUAUUGAGCAGGGCAAGCCACCUGCUCAACUGGCUGAGAGGUCUGGUAGCCUACAACUACUGCAGGUUCACCGAGACUGUGCCAAAGAUGAAGCCCACAAUGUUUGCAAGUCAAUUUCUUCUGUCACUUUGUUUAAUAAGGUUCUUUUCUCUCCCACUGUUUUCCACCUUCCUGCUCUUCACCCUCACUCAUCAGCUGACCACAUUGGCUCCUACGGCACAAACAUCUACCAUUCUUACGGUCCCUCUGGACAAUUCACCCAUGAAUUUGAUGGAGAUGAGGAGUUCUACGUGGACCUGGAAAAGAAGGAAACCGUCUGGCGGCUGCCUGAGUUUAGCAAAUUUGCAAGUUUUGAUCCACAGGGUGCACUGAGAAACAUUGCUACAGCAAAAUACAACUUGGACAUCCUGAUUAAACGCUCCAACUCUACUGCUGCUACCAACGAGGUUCCUGAGGUGACUGUGCUUCCCAAGUCUCCCGUGACGCUGAGUGAGCCCAACACCCUCAUCUGUCUUGUGGACAACAUCUUUCCUCCCGUGAUCAACGUCACGUGGUUGAGGAAUGGGCACUCAGUCACAGAAGGUGUAUCUGAGACCAGCUUCCUCCCCAAGAGUGAUCAUUCCUUCUUCAAGAUCAAUUACCUCACCUUCCUCCCUUCUGCUGAUGAUAUUUAUGACUGCAAGGUGGAGCACUGGGGCCUGGAUGAGCCACUUCUGAAACACUGGGAACCUGAGAUUCCAACGCCUAUGUCAGAGCUGACAGAGACUGUGGUCUGCGCCCUGGGGUUGGCUGUGGGCCUUGUGGGCAUUGUGGUGGGCACUGUCUUCAUUAUCCAAGGCCUGCGUUCAGGUGGUGCCUCCAGACACCAAGGGCCCUUCUGAGUCACAUCCU